AGUCGUUACAAGAUGGCUGAUGGCAUGGAUAUUCAAACACUUGUUAUUGACUGCGGAAGUAGAAUGACCAAGGCUGGAUUUGCUGGGGAUGAUUCUCCCAGGGCCGUUUUCCCAAGUAUAGUUGGUCGUCCUCAUCAUACUGGCGUCAUGGUUAGACAAAAAGCUGCUUAUGCUGGUGAUCAAGCUCUGUCUAAAAGAGGUGUGUUGACUCUGAAACAUCCCAUUGAACGUGGUGUAGUAAGAAACUGGGAUGAUAUGGAGGAACUCUGGCAUUAUACGUUUUACCAUGAACUCCGUGUUGCUCCAGAGGAGCAUUCCAUUCUUCUGACUGAGGCACCAUUUAACCCCAAGGCUAACCGAGAGAAAAUGACUCAAGUCAUGUUUGAGACAUUCAAUGUUCCAGCCAUGUAUGUUGAAAAUCAGGCUGUUCUUUCUCUGUUAGCUAAUGGACGUACAACUGGUAUUGUGGUUGAUUCUGGUGAUACUGUGAGCCACACUAUCCCUGUAUAUGAGGGACAUGCAAUUUCCGAUGCUAUCUCAUUGUUAAAUCUUGGCGGUCAUCAUCUUACCGAGUAUCUUGUGAAACAAACGGAGAGUUAUUAUCAUCUAGCUAUCAUUGCUGGUGCAUCACUAAUUGUUAGUGAUAUGAAGGAAACAAUUGCUUAUGUUGCACUGGAUUUUGAACAGGAGAUUGACAAGGCAAAAAAAUGUUCAAAAUCAGUUGAGAAGGGCUAUGAGGUUCCUUCUGGCCAUAUCAUUAAUAUUGGUGCUGAGAGGUUCCGUUGUCCUGAAGCCUUAUUCCAGCCAUCAUUGGUUGGAAUGGAAGCGACGGGAAUUCAUGAAAAAGCUUACAACUCAAUCAUGAGAUGCAAUGCUGAUAUUAGGAAAGAUUUAUUUGCAAACAUUGUGCUUAGUGGUGGCUCAACUUUGUUUCCUGGCUUAGCAGAACGUAUGACCAAGGAAAUCACUGCUCUUGCUCCGAGCCACACGAAGAUCAAGGUGUUUGCACCACCCGAGAGGAAGUACAGCACUUGGAUAGGAGGAUCAGUUCUCGCUUCACUCAGUACUUUCCAACAAAUGUGUAUAACAAAUAGGGAAUAUGAUGAAUUUGGGCCCUCAAUUGUUCACAGGAAGUGUCUCUAA